AUGUACGCCCUAAAGCUUUCCAGUAUUCUUCUCUUCGCGGCCUCACUAGCCACAGCCUGGGAAAUUCGAGCCUGGACAGGAGUGUAUUGUGAGGGCAGCGAGAUCUACGAUGAGGCCACCACCGGUACCCAGGCCUGUGAGAACUUCGACACUACCAAGGAUCUUCAUUCUAUCAAAGUCACCUACGCCAAGAAAAACGUUGUACCUCAUAUAUUCUAUGAAGAGGACUGCAAGGGUACCGUGUAUAUUCCUAAGACCGGCGUUUGCCUCUAUGAUUCUGGCCAGCCAGUGAAGUCCUACAAGAUUAUGGCGGCCAGCUAG